GAACAAGGUCUGCUUCACCAAGGAGGAACGCCAGUUUUGGAUCCUUAUGGAACAAUUUGGGCCUACGAACCUGUUACUGCGAAAAUUACAUUCCUGUUCUUUCCUGAUAGUAAGUAGGAUUUUUCAACUGUCACUCAUGGUAACUAAUAGUUGGUUGAUUAAUUGGUUGGUCAGUUGUUCAGUUUCCUUGGUCACCUUGCCAAUUGGUUGAUUGAUUGGUUGAGUACCAGGGGUUGGUUGUAUAAAACUCUUAAUCACUUUUUUAAUCACUAUUUUGUAGUUAAAUAGUGAUUAACUCUCAAAUAGGCGCUUCUUAUUGGAUGACAUUUCCACUUAACCAUGAUUAACUUUAAUCACUUUUUUAUACAACCGGCCCCAGGGUGUUUGAUCACUCACUCAGUCAGAUGUCAGUUGACCAAUGAGUCAUAUGGUUAGUCUGUCAGCUAGCAGUUGGUUGACCUGUCAAUUGGUUGGUCAAGUCAGCCUGUCGGUUGGUCAGUCGGCCAGCUAGUAAGUCGGUCAUUCCAUAGUUGGUCAGUCAGAGAGCACAGCUACUUUCCUACUUACUAACCUACGAACUUACUAACCGACCAACUUAUAAGUUAGCUAACUUCUAACUCAUAUUUUUAAUUUAUUUCACAGAAACCUAUGCAUAUGAAUGGUACGGUUUCCUUGAUUUCAUGCCUAGAGAUUAUAUGUAUGUCAAAAAACUUGGCAAGGCAGCCAACAAGAAACAAUGUUUUCAGCUGGCACUUUACGCUAACGAGCGUUACUUUAUCUUUUCAUCACGUCGAAAAGGGUGUUACACUAGUUGGGCUCUGCCGUAUUACGUCGAUGCGCGGGAGAAACUUGGUCUGUACACUCCUGAAAGACGAGACUCUGUCUAUGUCAUAUAUCGUAAGUUUUGUUCUUAUACUGUUGAUGCUCCUACAAUACAAUAAAAAUUAUCCAUUUACUGUACUCUGUGAACAGAUAUGAAUUAUUAGGUGACUGUCACAGGUGCCCUUAUAGAAAGCUUUUAAUACGAUCAGGUCGAGUCCUUCAUAAUUCAGCUUAGUUCUCAGCUGCUAAGGAUGAUUAACACACUCCUAGUCCCACUUACUAUAGUAAAUCCAAAUUUAUUUUUUCACAGAGUAUCGCAAACCUUACCACAUCUAUUGGGAGAAAGGAGACAAAGGAAUAGGAACUUAUUUGGUGGGAAAACAAGCUACCCAAGACCAUCCAAACCUGCAGUUACUGCCAUAUAGUGUUGGUAAAUUUCGGUUUCGUUUUAACAGCUACAUUACGACACAUGGCUGUGAUUCACACUCACUGAUUAUUAAAGAUUUCACGGUUAACGAAGUAAAGCAUUACACUAUCAAUAUUAAGGAAGGGAAAUCUUCUAAACCAAAGGUUUUGUUCAGUCGCUCUGUUAUGCUUAGACAUUUUGGUAAGAUGUUUGGAUGGCUUAAUGAAAAGGUUCAGAUUUGACUUCCAUGACCGCUACCUAAUUCAGUGGCUUAGUAUCAGUAUUUGAUUGGUUGAUUAGGGAAGAUUAAACACAUUUGAUUGGUUAAUGGUAGCAGUUUGGUUCUAGUCAAAUCUGAACCUCCACCCACUAUUUUUAUUUAUACUUUAUUUAUAUUAAUAACUAACCCUAACCCUGGAUAGUUCUAUCAGGUCUAAAUUGUUCACUUUAAAGGUCUUGUAGAAUCAUUUCUUAUUACUCCAGUAUGUUACUCUAAACUAAACUAACUUUGUUUAUACUGGGUAAUGCUAUCUGUCUGCUCACAUGCAACUGAGGUGAAAUUAUAUUUAGAAAAUGUGUAUUGCAGGAAUAAAGGGAAUAAAACCUUGCUCCCAGAAAUAAAAAGUAAAGGCACAUAACCCUUAACGUAUCAGUGAUACCAAAUUCUUCUCAUUUUAGGAGAGCCAAGGUUUAAUAUGUCCGCCACUGGUGGUGCAUGUUUGAACCAUCCAUUGACCAUCACCGUCAAGCCGCUUCGGGGAGAGUAUGUAGAAGUUGAAGAAUGGGAAGUUGAAUGGAAGAAAAUAGAAAAUGGGAAAGCUUUGAAGACAAAUAUGGAAACACAGGACCCGUUUGUAUUAAAGGUUGAACGUGCAACACUGAGUCAUUCUGGAGUUUAUCGUAUCCGAGCAAAGAAUCGUUAUGGGUUCGCUGAAGGUGUUAUACAUAUUCAUGUUGUUGAACGUAAGUUUCAAUUUCCAUAUUAAUUUAAUUAACUAAUUCAUUUUUGGCAUCCCUAAUCCUAACCCUUAUCUAAAAAAGAUGAGAUGUUCCACUGUCACCUUUAGAUCGACUUUACUAAAUCUCCUGGGAAUGCCGUUUCUAACUAUAGCGUAGAUAGAGCUGUUUAGUAUAUGUCGAAUUAGUUGAGUUUUUAACCUAAUGCAGUUUGCUUCUUCAGGCCUUCCUGCCAUCACUUCAGUGACGUCAUCACCUCACGUGGCAGUGGAAGACUCAUCAGACAUUUUACAUGUGGAUCUGAAGAAUGACGAAGACCUCACAUCAAUUGACUGGUAUUAUAAUGGAAAACUGAUCGAAAUUGAAGAUAAGCAUUAUUCAUUUCCAGG